AUGUCUCGUCAGGUAUUCGCUCGGGUUCCUAACGGUGUCGAACAGGCGCCAACUCCCUUCACACUGCAGGUGUCCGAAGACAGUAUCAGCGAAUUCCGUCAGCUCCUGGCGCUGUCAAAAGUCGGACCGCCGACCUGGGAAGGAUCUCAGCCGGAUGGUCGAUUUGGCGUUACCAGAGAAUGGCUAAUCAAUGCGAAAUCUGUCUGGUUGAACCAAUUCAACUGGCGCCAGUUUGAGGAGCGCAUCAACUCGUACCCAAAUUUCACGAUGAACAUACCUGCGGAUGAUGGCAGCGGCGAGUUUACAAUACACUUCGCUGCCCUGUUCUCAGCCAGAGAGGACGCGAAGCCCGUCGUCUUCCUUCACGGGUGGCCAGGAUCAUUCGUCGAGUUCUUACAGAUUCUGGCAAUACUCAGCAGUCGAUAUACGCCGGAUACGUUGCCAUACCAUGUGGUAGUGCCUUCUCUUCCAGGCUACACCCUCUCUACAGGUCCCCCACUGGAUCGGGAUUUCACCAUGGCGGAUGCUGGUAAGCUCAUUCACGGGUUAAUGAUGAGGCUGGGAUUCAGCAACGGUUAUGUGGCUCAAGGAGGAGAUGUGGGCUCGGUCCUAGCUGUGUCCAUGUCAGCCACUUAUGAGCAAUGCGAAGCUGUUCAUGUAAACCUCUGGAUGGAGCCGGGUAGCUCUGAAAUGAGUGGCGAAGAGGCACAUCACAGAGAAUUGGAUAUCACGGCGGCUCGCCGAGCAGAAUCAUUUAGGACGACUGGAAUGGCAUACUUCAUGGAGCACGCCACGCGACCAUCUACAAUCGGUUUAGUCCUCUCGAGCAGCCCACUAGCUCUUUUAUCAUGGAUUGGCGAAAAAUUCCUCGAUUGGUCGGACCCCAGACAACCACCUAGUCUCGACACAAUACUUAGUAUGGUGUCUCUGUACUGGUUCACGUCAUGUUUUCCUCGAUCCAUUUGGCCCUAUCGUUAUCUCGCUAGUCCAACUGCCCGCGUCUCCGUGCCGAAAACAAAGCCGUUUGGGUAUUCAUGCUUCCCUUACGAAAUUUCGACUGCAUCUGAGUCCGUGGUGGGGGCAUCUGCUGAGAACUUGGUGUUCUAUGCCAAAUAUGACAGGGGUGGCCAUUUCGCGGCCCUUGAGCAGCCUGAGUUGCUACUUGAAGGUGUAGAGGAGUUCAUCGCGAAGCUUUGA